CCUCUUUCUUGCUUUCAGACAUGGCUCCUUAUUACGAAGCCCUGUGCAAAUCCCUUGACUGGCAGCUGGACACGGACCUGCUCAGUAAAAUGAAGAAGGCGAAUGAAGAGGAGUUGAAACGUUUGGAUGAGGAGCUGGAAGAUGCGGAGAAGAAUCUGGGAGAGAGCGAAAUUCGCGAUGCAAUGAUGGCGAAGGCCGAGUACCUCUGCCGGAUAGGCGACAAGGAAGGAGCUCUGACGGCCUUUCGCAAGACAUACGACAAAACUGUGGCCCUGGGUCACCGACUGGAUAUUGUGUUCUAUCUCCUCAGGAUUGGCUUAUUUUACAUGGACAAUGACCUCAUCACACGAAACACAGAAAAGGCUAAAAGCUUAAUAGAGGAAGGAGGAGAUUGGGACAGGAGAAACCGCCUAAAAGUCUAUCAAGGUCUGUAUUGUGUGGCUAUCCGUGACUUCAAACAGGCAGCUGAGCUCUUCCUUGACACCGUUUCAACGUUUACGUCGUAUGAACUUAUGGAUUAUAAGACCUUUGUGACUUACACUGUCUAUGUCAGCAUGAUUGCCUUGGAAAGACCAGAUCUCAGGGAAAAGGUUAUCAAAGGGGCCGAGAUUCUUGAAGUGUUACAUAGUCUUCCAGCGGUCCGGCAGUACCUGUUUUCACUCUACGAGUGUCGUUACUCAGUUUUCUUCCAGUCGUUGGCUGUUGUGGAACAAGAAAUGAAGAAGGACUGGCUGUUUGCUCCUCAUUACCGAUACUAUGUCAGAGAAAUGAGAAUUCAUGCCUAUAGCCAGCUGCUGGAAUCGUAUCGCUCACUGACGCUGGGCUAUAUGGCAGAAGCCUUUGGUGUUGGCGUGGAAUUCAUUGAUCAGGAACUCUCCAGGUUUAUUGCUGCUGGGAGACUCCACUGCAAAAUAGACAAAGUGAAUGAAAUUGUAGAAACCAACAGACCUGAUAGCAAGAACUGGCAGUACCAAGAAACUAUCAAGAAAGGAGAUCUGCUGCUAAACCGAGUUCAGAAACUUUCCAGAGUUAUCAAUAUGUAAAACCAUAAACAGAUGAUUUCCGUUAGAAAUAGUUGGAAUUUUUAUAGCUUUCUUCACUGUGCGCCCAGCUCAACUGUAUAAAAUAAAUACUGCAUUGUUCUUUCUUUC